AUGGCCAACAUCGAUCAAGACCUUUGGGUUCCAGGUAACUUGACCUGGGACCAGCUAAACUUCCAUAACAACUGCACUGACGUAUCUUCUUUCUUCGCCUACAACAUGAUGCACACUCCUAUUCCCAACGCCACCUCUCCCAAAUAUUAUCAGUUUAGCCAGCGAUUCAACGAUACCAUCCUUUGGGGCCCGAAAGAAAAGUGCGAGGCCGAUUUCUGCAAAGCUGUCGGAUACACAGGAAGUCAGGAUCUAUGUGGCAUUGGCGUAGGUGUCUCUAAUGUAGUGGUGUCCUACUUCCUCGAAGCCCUUCUCGGGACGAUAUAUCUCAUUGCCUUCACCGUUCAUCAGUCGAUCCGAUACUUCAGCAGAAAUACGUACAAGAAGAAAAGACAAGCUGGCCAACCACAGACUAUCAGCGAGCGGAUCCUUGACUCUUUCCGCGGCUCCUUGGACAUGUUCCUAAGCGGCGCUAUGCUGAUUGCUGUCGCCAUGCUGGGGGCGGCGCUGUAUUCCAGCAUCACCAACAAAGAGGAGAGAGAAAAGGUCAAUCCGGAUCUGCCUUCAGGCGAAGCCGUGUAUGAAAUGGCGCUUUCUCUGAUUGCCUCCAACUUCUCGGUAUUCCCGGUCAUGCUACUCUAUGCUUUAGUAAAGCAUGACGGCCAUCGGAAGUGGCUUCAUCGCGCUGUGUUGUUCAUUCUUUGGGGCCUGAGCGCAUCCGUAGUCUACAUGGCGCCGAGAGCUGAGGUAGACUAUGCAGAGCGCAAGAGUGGCCAUGCGAACUUUGACUGCGACCAGCGCGGCUCGCAAUACUGGCACGUUGUCAAGGCGACCCAAUUCCUUGUCAUAGGGCUGCCUCUACUCUGGCUUAUCAUCACCAUUUUUCUGACCACAGGUUUCAAGAUCCCUGGCUUGGUCGACAAGCCCUGGGUCAAGACAUGGAGGUCAAUUUGGCGCCUUCUGAUUGCGUGGAUCAACCUCUUUCUCAUGUGGGGCAUUCUCGCCUACUUCACGCACUUCAGACAGAAGAUUAUUGAUGCGGCGGGUGGUCUCGACAAGAACGAUAAGUGGACAUUUGGUCAGGUACUUGCCUUGGCCGCCUGGGUUCCAGUCGUUGCAGAGCUGUUCUACAUCUUAGCUUUUGGCCUGGAAGACAGUUUGUCAGGGCAUAUGCCCUCAGAUUACCACGCUUCGCUUGUCGGAAACACUGUGCAGGUUGACCCAACCAAGCGUCGAUCUAAGAGGAAGGAGAGGCGGAACUAUGGCAUCAUGUAUGAUACGUUGCAAACGAAAGCAUGGAUCCUAAUGUGA